AUGCAUCCAUUAUUUGUGAUUUAUGUGAUAUGUGGCAUCACGUUUUUUGUGUGGGAUCUCAUCCUAAAGGCAGAUGUGCUCGUUCUUGGUUGUGCCCAAGAGUCUUCGUAUUUGUUGCUGAUGGUGCAACCGGCCCAGAUUAGGCCCAAUUCAUCUAAGCCGGCCCAUUAUUCCCCUAAAAACCCAGCCCAAUCCGAAACUUUAUAUGGACCCGGCCACCACUCAAGCGGAAGCCACCCUACCCCUCUGAGACCUCUCGCCGGCGCUGAAGAAGAGCGUCUCCUCCCUCGAGAACUUGAGCCUCUCCGCCUCCUCCGGCGAGAUCUGGUACGCGGCGGCGAUGACGUCCCUCGGCAGCCCCCUCAGGGCGGAGGUCCGGCCGCUGAGGGUGUUCAUCAUCGCCUGCUCGUUGGUGUUGAACUCCACCCACUCGCACCCCUGCUCGCCGGCCCUCUUCACCACCGCGAAGUUCUGCGGCACCACCACCGCCUGGCCCUCACGGACCUCUCCGUCGAACACCGCCUGACCACGGUGGUUCACGAUCUGCAUCCGCGCCGCGCCGCGCGUGAUGUACAGGAAGCUGUGCGCGUUCACGAACCAGUGCGGCGCCUUUAUCGCGUUCUGCCAAAAAAUUGGAGAUUAAUUUGA